AUGACAGAGUCAAUGACACAGGCAACAACUAAGGAAGCCCCUUCCAAUGGGCCUAUUCUAUCACCAGAGGAGGGCGUCCGAGGAUGGAUAUGCGUCAUUGGUUCGUUUUUAGCAUUAUUUGCAACUUUUGGAUUCCUAAACGCAAUUGGUGUCUUUCAGACAACCUACCAAGAGACCUCUCUCCGCUCAUACACCUCCUCAGACAUUGCAUGGGUCUUCGCGGUCCAAUUGUGUCUUCUAUGGGCUCUUGGACCCUUCUACGGGCGUAUAAUUGAUACCUACGGCCCAGCUCCAGUAAUCUAUCCCUGCAGCUUUCUCUGCGUCUUUUCACUCUGCAUGACCAGUCUUGCAGAUGAAUACUAUCAGAUCUUCUUAGCACAAGGUUUAGUAUUCGGGAUAGGUGCCGGCGGUGUAUUCACUGCGUCAAUAGUCUGCGUCAGUCAGUGGUUUAUCAGGCGGCGUGGAUUAGCUGUCGGCAUUGCGACGAGUGGCUCUAGUUUAGGAGGAGUUAUAUUCCCCAUCUUCGUCAAUCGAGUGAUUCAAGAUGUAGGGUUUUAUGGUGCGGUGCGGUUUACGGCUCUCUUUAUUGGCAUUCUACUCGCUGCGUCGUGCCUCAUGGUUAAAGGGAGAUUGCCUCGGAGGCCUUGGAAUAACAAGACGCCGUGGUUUGAUGUGACCCUUUUCAAUGAUAAGCCGUUCGCAUUCUAUAUCUUGGGAUCUUUCUUGGUCAUGUGGGGACUUUGGGGUCCCUUUGAUUUCAUCUCUAGCAUGGCGGAAGCGCAAGGUUUUUCUCCUACACUUGCUCUCUAUUUGAUUUCCAUUGUCAACUCAACUUCUAUACCCGGCCGUAUUAUCCCCCCUCAUCUCGCGGACCGCAUCGGCCAUUUCAACGUCAUUACGCUAUGCUCCGCCCUUAUUGGAGGUUCAAUACUUUGUCUCUGGCUGCCAUUCAAUUACCAUCCAUCGCAUGCUGGAAUCAUUCUCUUUGCUUUAGUAUACGGCUUCGUCAGUGGAGCAUUUGUGUCCCUACUCAUGCCUUGCGUGGCGAAAACGGGAAGUUUGGAAACCCUCGGUCAACGGUUUGGCACUUUUCAACUUGCGAUGGGAGCUGCCUCCCUCACUGGACUGCCCAUUAUGGGUGCCAUCCUCAAUCGCCAGUCUGGAACAGAUUUUUCUGGACUGCAAAUAUUUGCCUCGAUGUCUGCGUUGCUCGGCACUGGAUUCCUAGCUGUGUCGACUUAUUUUUUGUCUCGUGCGCGAGAGACUUGGAAAAUAUAGUUUGCUUAACAUCAUUCAGAAAUCAUGCUCUUCUGGAUCGGAAAUUGGUUGAUAUGUUGUCUCUCUAACCCCAACAGGAGAGUCGAAACCUAGCAAAUACCCGUGAUAAUUCGAACUGGCUUUGAAAUAUCAGAAAUUUUCUUUAGACAUGAAUAUUCGUGAUAUUCCUCACAGAAGUCCGAAAUUCCGAAUUCCGAGAUCCUUGAAGCGCAAGACUUGAAAGAUGGGAGAGCGAUGAUAUCAUAGUGGUCGGCGGGGAUGCGAAAGAGUUUAGAAUUCAGGUAUCCUUGAAGACAUCGGUUCUGGUUGAACAAUAAUAAUAAUAAUCUAUAUGGAACAGUAAGUUCUCUCCGUUGAAGCCUAUCCAAGCCGGGGAAACGCUGUAAAGGCGUUGUAGGUGGAGUCAGUGU